AUGGUAGCUGAUCGGCAAGUUCUUGAAGACGUCGGAUUCGGCAAGGGACAUCUGUCGACGGUGCACCUGGUCCAUGAGGAAAAGUACGGAGGCAAGGUCAUUUUGAAGGUACUUGUAUUCCAUAGAGAACUUUGUCGAUUGGCAGUUUCAGAUCCCUGGCGGUGAAAUGUCGAAAACGAUAUUGUCAAUUUCGGAGAAGCGGUUCCAAACUCUGCACAACACCGAAGUGGACAUUUAUAAUAUCAUCGAGAAUCAUUCCGAGUUUGACGUCGCUCAUCCGAAGAUCUUCGAAACGGAAAAGAUGGAGCCACCCGUAACCGGAGGGUUCAUUCUGAUGGAGUACAUUCCUGAAGUCACUCAUCUUUAUGCGAAUGACAAUGUGAAAGCGGAGGAGCUCGUGGAGCCGGUGAAGAAUAUUGCGAGACUUCAUGCGUUGGGAGAGAGGCUGAACGAAGCGGAAAGGCGGUUGGUGCCGACGGACUUUCUCAAAGGAUGGUUUUUGGAACUGUUCACUGAAAAGGUUACACACGACUAUACUGUAACAGAAGGCCAUCUAUUCAAGAUGAUUUAUCUCAGCUGUCUGUAGAGAUAUCAAAAAGUUGUCAACUAAUGAAUUGCUUCCUGUAACAUUUUGAACAUUUUCUUAGUUGACCGCUUUUUGACACCUCUUCAAACAACUGAAUUACACCCGAAAAGUGUUUCAGAACAAGGCAUUGUUCAUGAGUGUUUGGCAGCCGGGAAAGAUGGCGGAUUUCAUGAGCUCUCCGCAAUCCGCGGACGCAAUCCGGGUGUUGAGUGAGAUUCUGACGCCCGACGAGUUUGCCCGACUCAACGACGACUGCCAGAUGUCGGGCGUGAAAGCGGUCUUCUGUCAUGGAGACCUGUCCUCGCAUAAUGUUCUUUUUGAAAAGCUUCCCAAUGGCUCGAUGAAGUUCCGGAGCAUUUGCGACUUUCAGGUACCAUAGUUGCAGAGGAAAAAUUCAUAAAAAGUGAAACUUUAUUCAGGGUUCAAAUUGGGGAAACGCUGCACAAGAUUUGACUCGGCUCUUUGUGACCGCACUCAGCGGACAGGUACCUGAGGCAAUGGGAGAAUGCACAGAACUGAAACCAAUUUUUCAGGACAGAAGAGAAAAAGGUGAACAUCUUCUCAAAAUCUACUACGACGAGUUGGUCAGAGUGACACGGGGAAAAGCGCCGUUUACAUGGGAACAGGUGAGACAUAACUAGAGUAGAGUAGGACACAACAGGAUUACUGUAGUUGACACGGAGCUACACACGGUUCCUGCCACAUCACGCGGCGAUCGUUUGUGUGACAACACCCGGCAAGUUCCUUCGGAGUCUCGCAGAAAUGGAGGAGGGUGCGGAGAAGGAGGAGGUAUGGAAAUGAAUUGACACACACAGAGGGAAAAAAAUGGUAAUAUUAUAGUUCAAAACUAAGAUGCUGGAGAAGUACAUAGCACUUAUGGAGGACCUGAACGAGGCGUGGAAGUCUAGGACUCGUGUCUAG